UAUAUUGUCUUCCAGUUCUCUUGAGUUUUGCUUGAUCAAUAUACUCUUAAAUAUCGAUCAUGUCGUCGUCGAAGAGUAACAAAAUUGUGAAGUUGGAGAGCUCGGAUAAUAAGACUUUCGAGGUGGAAGAGGCUGUGGCCGUGCAGUCUGAAACCCUCAAGAACAUGGUUGAUGACGGGUGCGCUAACGACACGAUUCCAUUGCCAAACGUGAACGGCAAGAUCCUAGAGAUGGUGUUGGGGUGGUGCAAGAAGCAUGUGGACGAGACAGUCACCGGGGACGAACUCAACAAGUACGAAGCUGACUUUCUUGACCUUGAUCAGGCGGAUCUCUAUGGUCUGCUAAUGGCUGCAAACUUUCUCAAUGUCAAGGGCUUGUUGGACCGAGUAUUGCAGAGGGUUGCUGACAUGAUUAAAGGAAAAAAACCGGAAGAAAUACGCAGAAUAUUUAACAUCAAGAAUGAUUUCACUCCUGAAGAAGAGGAAGAAAUCCGCCUGGAGAAUGCUUGGGCCUUUGACUGACGUACGUCUUAGGGUUUAGUUAUUGAUUUCUAUAGUUUAGGGUUGAAUAAAGGUGUUUGUGUCUUUUUCGGUUUCUCUUUGUUUCUUAGGGAUCGGAUUUUUCUUUUCCAUGCAUGUUAGCAACUGAUGAAGUUGUCUUUUCGAUCUGGCUUUAUGGGGAUAUAUAUAUAUAUGUAAC